AUGCGGCUAGUCCGAACCAAGUUCUGGAUUCCCAAGCUAAGGAACUUGGUGAAGACAGUAAUCGGUGCAUGCAAGACCUGUGUGAUACAUCGCCGCACGCUCCAGUCGCAGCUGAUGGGCGAUCUCCCAAUCGAUCGGUUGACCUUUUCGCGACCAUUCACUAACACCCAAGUAGACUUCGCCGGUCCCUUCGACGUCAAGAGCUACGUCGGACGGGGCUGCAAGAUUACGAAGGGUUAUACCAGGGAUCUGACAGAGAAGAAGUUCUUGGAAACUUUUUCCCGAUUCGUGGCACGGCGUGGAUGCCCUCUUCACAUGUACUCUGACAACGGGAAAACGUUCGUCGGAGCCUCCUCAAUUCUGUCCAAAGAUCUUGAGGAGAGCACCCACAAUAUGAUCCUCACCACUCACAGCUACAAGAUUUUGCAUGGCAUUUCAACCCACAUGCCCCUCACAUGGGGGCUCUGGGAAGCAGGCGUCAAGAGAUUCAAGACGCAUUUCUACAAAACGGUUUCCUCCGUUAAAUAUACGUACUAG